AUGUUUAAUCUUAGUUUUGUAUGUCUGAAAUUCAUUUAUGUGGGCUGUGGUGCGGACAUCAAUUGUUUUAGUGUGAGCUCUGGAAAAUUAGUAGCCAAUUACACUGCUGAUCAAAACUUUGGUAGAAUUGUUAAUUUAUGUUUUCAUCCUUCUGAUGAUAAAAUAUUGGUUGCUAUUCACUUCAAUGCUGUUGUUGUUUUUUGGAAUUUGAUUGGAAGCCAAUCUGCCAAACUUUUGAAACAACAAGAAUUAGAUUUAAAAAAAUAUAAUGUAGUAAAUGCAAAAUGCUUGUCAACAAAGUAUUGCUCUUAUGAUGUGGAUUGUAUUGUUGUAUCAUUUAAAUUACGAGCAUCUGAUAACAAUGAUAUCAAUAUUGGUUUAUUUACUUUGGAAGAAGGGACACUAUUACACAAAUUUGAUGAAAAUUUGGAGAAUUUACCACAUAUUUGGUCAAUAGGAGGAUUUGAAGAUGUACCUUAUUUUUCCUUUGCUCAUAAAAAUAUAAUAUAUAUUUAUAAUUUAUUAAAUUAUAAAAAAAAUAAAAUUAAAUUAGGGUCUGAUAGAACAGUAACUGUUGUACAAUGCCAUCCUAAUUCAAACACUUUAGCAAUUGGAGAUAACACAGGAAGAAUUGUUUUGUACUAUAAUGUAUUACAUAAAAAUACUAGAACUCAAACUGUGUAUCAUUGGCACACACUUCCUGUAAAUGAUGUUAUAUUUACAAGCAGCGGUAAUAAUUUUUAUAGUGGAGGUGCUGAAAAUGUCUUGGUCAAAUGGUUUUGUGAAAAUACAGAGACUAGGCAUUAUUUACCUAGAAUAUCCGCCAAUAUUGUCCAUUUAUCUGUUACAGAAGAUAGCCAAUAUGUUGCUGUAUCCACACAAAAUAAUAGUAUAAUAAUAGUGAACUCUCAAAAUCGUAUACAUUCUGUCAUUCAGACAUUCACUUGGGGAGUGAAUGCAUCAAAUGCAGAUGAAUUUGAAAAAGUCUUUCCAGCAGGCGUUUCAUUCGACAGUCGUUCAAGAUCCCUCGUUACAAAUGGAUUUCCUGGUCACAUUCAAUUUUUUUCAAUUGAUAAAUCACAAUUAGCAUUUAAUUUGGAUAUUGUCUGUCAAAAUUUUACGACCAGAACAAGAGAUCAAGGUGUAUUCAAUGCUGAUGUUUGUUUAUUGGCAAUAAGUAAUGAUAGCUCAUGGCUAGCAACGGUUGAAAGAAGACCAUUUGACGAUAAAUAUAUAGUAAAUGAUGUUCUUAAGUUCUGGACUUUUAAUGAAAAAUCGCAAAUCUAUAAAUUAAAUACUUACACGAAUUCCGUAGAUAGAAUUUCAAAAUUAAUUUUUCGGCCAUCUGUAGAUUCUGAUGGUUCACAUAUGGUUGCUACAUUACACAAAGAUAUGUAUAAACUUUGGUCUCCAUAUAAUUUAUCGGAAGACAAAAAAAAUCCAAUUAAAUCAUGGCAACAUGAAUACACAAGUAAGCUCUAUCAUAAUCAACCAUUACAUGCAAUCAGUUUCUCUGAAGACGGUUGUAUAUUGGCAGCUGCUUUUGGACCAAGCAUAGUUUUAAAAGUUCUUGAUGACUCAGACGAUUUCAAAACAAGUCUUACUCACGGAUUUGAACAUAUUAGAUUUUUAGAGUUUGGUAAAAACGCAAGCAGUUGGAUGCUUGUUGCUGCAUCAAGCACAAGACUUUUGGUAUGGAAUGUGCUUAGUGAGACAUUACUUACARCUAUUUGGAUUCAAGUUGAAAGAUUAAUUGCUGAUCCAAUUUCAGAAUACAUGGCUAUUUUUACUCCUAAUAAUGAUUUGUUUGUUUUUACUCCAAACAGCAAAAAUGUAGUGUAUAAAAAAGAAAAUAUAUUUGGAAACAAUAACAAAAGUACUUCUAUUUUGUGGGCAAUAUUUGCACCAAAGUCAGAUAAUCCGAAUGGACAAAAUUUGUCGUGGUUGGAUAACUCUACUCUCUACAUGUUGACCAACCAACAAGAACUUUUAAAGUUUGAAAAGACUGACACUCUCCAAAAAAUGAUUGAAGCUUUUGUAGAAGAUAAUUUUGCUAAUCUAACACCUCUAGGACGU